AAUGUAAUCGGGCAACUCUGUUCAGUUGAACUCACAGUAUCAACAGGAAAGGACGUGAGCGCCACUGCUCGGAACGUCCUGUUUACAAAAAUUACAGAAAACUGUUUUAACAUGACGACGCUGGCAAGAGAGUUCAUUUACGGUACGCUUCUGGUAACAGCGAUUCUACACAUUUCAGGAGGUAAGCCGGGCAGGGUGGUGUGUUACUUCGAGAGCUGGGCCAUCAGAAACCCGGAAGAUGGACGUUACAGUGUCAGCGACGUUCCAGGGGACCUGUGUACACACAUCUUGUACUCAUUCGUCGGUGUCAACAACGCUACAUGGGAGCUGCUGGUCCUAGAUCCAGAGAUUGAUGUGGAACAGAACGGCUACACAAACUUCACGGAUAUCAAACUAAAAUUUCCAGAACUGAAGACUUUGUUGUCUGUAGGAGGCUGGGCUGAAGGCGGUCAGAAGUACUCAGCGCUGGUAUCAAUGAAAGAGCGAAGGAAUUCUUUCGUGAAAAGUGUCGUAGAUUUCAUGCACGAAUACGGAUUUGACGGAAUAGAUCUCGACUGGGAAUACCCUGGAGCGAAGGAACGCGGAGGGAAUCCUUCUGAUAAAGACAACUUCUACUUUCUCGUUGAGGAGUUAAAAAUAGCGUUUGAUGACGAAGGAUUUGGCUGGGAGAUUUCUAUGGCUGUCCCCCUAACAAGGCGUAAGCUCCAGGAUGGAUACCACGUCCCAGGGUUGUGCAGACUUGCAGAUGCUGUACACGUGAUGGCGUACGACAUGAGAGGGAUAUGGGAUGGCUUUGCCGAUGUUCAUAGCCCCUUAUAUAGGAGACCACACGACAAAGGCGACCUAGAGAAUGUUAAUGUGAAAGAUGGACUUCAGUUGUGGGUGGACAUGGGAUGCGCUCCGGAUAAGCUUGUAGUGGGAGUCCCAUUCUAUGGGCAUACCUAUAUCCUGAAUCCUAACAGUACCAGCCACGAACCGGGAACUCCCAUUGACAGGGACGCCAAAGUUAAGGGAGGAAUGGCUUAUUACCAGAUAUGCCAGGCACUUCAAGAAAAGAACAGCCAGUGGACAGAGAAAUGGGAUGAUUUUGGAAAAUGUCCUUAUGCAUAUAAAGGAAAUUUAUGGGUCGGAUACGAAAACAGCAAAAGCAUCACGAUCAAGAUGGAUUUCAUAAAGGAGAAUGGUUACGCUGGAGCCAUGAUGUGGGCACUGGGUUCCGAUGAUUUCCGUGGACUCUGCGGUCCCAAGAACCCACUCGUUACUAUUUUACACGACAGCAUGAAGGAUUAUAUCGUCCCUGUCACCAACGUCACUUCAUCUGUCUGGGUUGAUUGGAUUUCGCCACCAAGAACCACUUCAUCCAGUAGUUCCGCAGAGUCCACAUCAACAUCCGAAUUCACAACAAUUAUAACAUAUAUGACUACCGAAUCAAAUGUAAGCUCUUCUGAUUAAAACACCUGAAAAUCCUAACACAUGUGCCCCCAUAUAAUACUGAAACAGAGGUUAAUAUUGAGAUUUGUCAUGAUUGUGUUAAUAAUAUCCUCUGUGCACGGAGGACAAAGGCAUAACAUAACUAUAUGUAAUAAAUAAUUUUAAGAAUGUUUCAAAUGUAAGCAUAUACG